CGACAACAUCCGCUUCCAUGCUGGAACUGUCACAACGGCAGCACUGGCAGCACAAGCAUGCGCUCUGAUCAACCUCGAACCGCUACUUCUACGGAACCCCAAGAGAGACUGGUGUGUGAACGGACGCCCCUCCUUGGGGAUCAGACACCGACUGAGCCCGUGCCUUCGGGGGACUCGGAGGUUCCCUUGGCUGAGGAACCUAGCUCGAAAGAGCUCAUCUUGGUCUUGGGUAGUAUCUGGGUAGGAGUCUUUUUGGCAGCUUUGGAUACUACGAUUGUCGCUACUCUCACUGCGCCCAUCUCGUCCUCCUUCCAUUCCUUCUCCCUGCUUUCCUGGCUCGCCACUUCGUACCUGAUCUCCAAUGCCGCCUUCCAACCGCUGAGUGGGCGCCUAACGGACAUCUUCUCGCGACGAACCGGGCUGAUCUUCUCGAAUAUCUUCUUCGCCGCCGGCAAUCUAAUCUGUGGGUUGGCAAAAAGUGAGGGGACUAUUGUACUGGGGCGUGUCAUUGCGGGUAUCGGCGGCGGCGGUCUCACGGCGAUUUCAACCUUUGUCACCUCCGACCUGGUCCCACUGCGGAAACGCGGGGUUUGGCAGGGUAUUGGUAAUAUUUGCUACGGAGCCGGAAGUGGACUGGGUGGUGUUUUCGGAGGAUGGAUUAACGACACUUUGGGAUGGCGAUGGGCCUUCUUGAUUCAGGUCCCCUUCGUCGUGGUCUCCGGCAUUCUGGUCGCUGUCACGGUGCGAGUGCCGGUGAAGACCUCUGAAAACGCCAAACUCAAGCGAGUGGACUUCCUCGGAGCCCUCACGCUCGUCAUCAGUCUCGUGCUGCUCCUGCUCGGGCUUAACACCGGUGGCAAUCGGGUAUCCUGGACGCACCCUCUUAUCCUCACCUCACUGCCACUCUCCGCAGUCUUCCUUGGGCUCUUCAUUUACAUCGAAGCCAACAUAGCGUCGGAGCCAGUCAUUCCUGUCCGUCUACUGCUGGAUCGGACGGUGUUUUCGGCCUGUCUAACGAACUGGUUCAGUACGAUGGCCGUCUUUGGUCUUCUGUUCUACCUACCUUUGUUCUUCCAGGUUCAGGGCUUGUCCGCCACAGCUGCGGGCGUGCGAUUGAUUCCCCAGGCCAUUGGAACCUCCCUCGGCUCGCUGGGAUCGGGGAUCCUGAUGCGGUCAACCGGACGAUACAAGGUCUUCAGUCAUGUGUCUAUGUCUCUUAUGGUUCUCUCCGGCAUCCUGAUCUGCACGCUGUCACUCACGACACCAUCGUGGCUUCCGUUCAUCUAUUUCUUCCUGAUGGGUACUGCCUAUGGCAGUAUGCUGACGAUCACCCUGGUGGCCCUUAUCUCUGCGGUCGACCACGAGCACCAUGCGGUCAUCACAUCCGCGUCCUACGCCUUCCGCAGCACUGGCAGCACCAUUGGCAUUACGGUUGCCUCGGCCGUAUUCCAGAACAUCCUCAAGUCCGGUCUUUGGUCUCGGUUUGGAACUCGGGAGCACGCUGGCGAGCUGAUUGGACGGAUUCGGGAUAGCUUGGAAGAAAUUCGCCAUCUCCCCACCGACUGGAUUCCCGGGGUCCUGGAUGCGUACAUGGACUCCCUGCGCGCCGUGUUCCUCACAUUGCUCGGACUGAGCGUACUGGGCGCGAUGGUUAGUAUGGGGAUGCGCGAACACAAACUGCACUCGAACUUGGCACGGAGGGACGAGUAGCGGGUAGGUGGUAUCUGCAGGGCCUAUAGGAGAUAGAUUGUACAGCGUAGUAGAUAUCAUGGAUGCAUGCAGUAACCGGUCGUCCUGCUUUGUUGGUCAGGCGUUGGAACCUGAGUAAUUCCGACAUCAUCGGGUUGGGGCUGCAGGGUCCACCAACACCUUGGCGCUGCGGUGCCAGCCCGCCAAUCAACAGCCGUGUCUUCGGCAGCCGAACGGGCAGCGAACCAGGACUGCCAUCUUUGCUCUUUCCAGCGCAGCCUCUGGCCCGGG